AUGUCAAAAAUCGUUCCAAUUGAAGUUAAAUGUUUAGAUGUAGGAAAAAGAGUUAAAAUGUCAAAAAAAAAAUAUGUUUGGACAUUUUCAAUUGAUGAUUAAAAUCAUAUAUUAGAAGUAUUUGUAUCUUUUGCAAGUGGUAAGCGUAAAAUUCUCCACAACAAAAAAUUAAUAUAUGAUAAAAAACAUAAUCUUAAUGGAAAUGAUAGAAGAUCAGAAAACAAAUCUAAUUUGGAUAUAAAAGAUGUAAAAAAUCCUUAUGCAUAAACUUAAGACAAUAACUAAUAGUAUCAAGUUGAUUUUUUCGAUGAAUUCUGA